UUUCAUAUUUAGUUAAUGUUACAAAGUAUAUGUUAGUGCUUUUCAAACUUAAACUAUGUACUUUAUUUUUAUAUCUGGUAAUACUAGUUUCGUUCGGAAAAAAUGGUAUCUCGUUUUAGAAAAGAUCUAUACAACGCUCAAUAUCGUCUAUUUGAUCAUCGAGUCUUUGUUAACGGAGAGGUAGAAGCUUUUCUUACUGAUUUUGAAACCGAACGAAGAGAUUCGGAAGUGGAUUCAUUAUUCAAAGUGACAGAAAAGGUAGGAGCUUUGAAAUAUCAACUUUCCGAUCGUUGUAUAUCGCAAAGCUUAGCUCAUAUAAAUUCCCUGUCAACGGAGCUUCAGAGCGUGGCCGAUAAAAUUACAGAUAUACUUGAAUCUGUUAAAAAAGAGAAACCGCCAAGUGAAGAAUUGGUGCAAGCUCGUUUGGAACGUGCCAAGCGUCGCGACAACUUUGAAAGUGAUUUAAAAUACAAUUAUCAACGUUUGGACGUUUCUUUCAUCACCAAAGAAGAAGAAAUUGCGGAGCUUUAUUCUGAUUUGCAACUAAAACUGAAUAUACCCAACUAGUAAAUCGCAAU